UUGGCCGCAAAAGAUUGGCGCUUUAUUUGUUUUCAACAAUAGUCUCCAAACUGAUAAGUUGGUGUUCUUUAAAAUAUUGAAAAGUUUUUCUAAGUAGAGAGGCAAAUAAGCAAUUGAAAGAGGUUUUCAAUACUUUUGGAAAGUAAAAUCUAAUAGGAAGAUUGCAUUGCUAACCGGAAAAGGCGUCAAAGCCAAGAGACGACUACGUAAAAUGAAUGAGAGAAUGGGGGAGAUGAUGAAAGAUGACAUACCAGCUAGUCUGACAAACCCUGGUUUUAGCACACCGUUCAGCCUGACAAACCCAGCCUUCAGCGCGACAGAGAAUGUCAGCUUCCCUGUGUGGUCCCAUUGUAUGGACGAGGAGAGUGAAGACAAAGACUACUCCCCUAAAAUACACCAAUCCACAUUUCUGUCGCCAAUCAUCAAAUCUUUACCUUAUGAUGUCCAAGAAGAAAUAGAAUGUUUAUACGAGUUCGUACCAGAGGUAGAUCACCAUUUUGUGGUUUUGGAUAAAAUCGGUGAAGGCACAUUUAGUUCUGUUUUCUUAGCUCAGCUAAAGCACUACAAAGAGUUGCCUCAGAAGUUUGCCUUGAAACACAUAAUUCCAACGAGUCAUCCGUGUCGGAUUGAAGGGGAACUGCGAUGUCUGCAAGAAAUAGGUGGUUGUGACAAUGUCAUGGGUGUGGAACUCUGCAUCAGACACAGGGAUCAUGUAGUCAUAGUGAUGCCCUACUUUCCACACAAAAAGUUUCAGGAUUAUGUCCUUACACUGAGUGUGAAUGAUGUUAGAGAAUAUAUGAGAAAUCUAUUGAUUGCUCUCAGACGAGUUCACCAGUUUGAUGUCAUUCACCGAGAUGUAAAACCAAGUAACUUCCUGUACAACAGUGCAACCAAACAAUAUGCUCUGGUAGAUUUUGGUUUGGCACACAAGGUGAAGUCACAGCCUAAUGAAAUGAAACUGAAAAAUCUGAAAGCUGACAACACCUCAUCAGUCAAAUCUACAAAAAAUCCACUAUCUCCGUCCUCAUCAACACAACAGAACAAACAGAAAACAACAGCCUGUAAGAAAUCCCAGAGUUAUGUUACUCCUGAAUUAGAGAAUUCCACAUUUGCCAGACGCGUUAAAUCUCCUCGAAGAGUCUUGCUAGCCAAAAGAGCUCUGAUGGCGAAGAGCAAAUCUAGUGACCACGAGAAGGGAGCAAAGCCAAGUGCAGUGUUGUCAACCUGUGAUUGCUUUGGGAAACCACAGAUCUGCAGUAUAUGCAAUGCUAGGAUGAAUCAGCAAGCACCUCGAGCAGGGACACCUGGCUUCAGAGCUCCAGAAGUCUUAAUGAAAUUUCCAGAUCAGACCACAGCUGUGGAUAUAUGGUCAGCAGGAGUGAUUUUCUUGUCCCUAUUAAGUGGACGCUAUCCAUUUUUCCGGGCCAAUGACGACAUGACAGCACUGGCACAGAUCAUCAGCAUCAUGGGUAGCGAGGAGGUGCAUGAAUCGGCCAAGACAUACGGAAAACAUUUACUCUGUCACCCAGGAAACAAACCUGUUGACUUGAAGGUUCUGUGUACAAAACUGAGAGCAGGACCUGCUGCAAAGCACCAUUGUUCACAGAGAGACAGUAUUAGUGAUAAAGAAAACGCUGCUCUGGCAUCGUGGUCUAAUGUCCCGGACUCGGCUUUUGACAUUCUGAGGAAGCUCUUGGAUAUGAACCCCUACACAAGAAUCUCCGCAGAUCAAGCUUUACAACACGAAUUCUUCUCCAGUCUUAGUUGAUGAAAACAGUGGCAACUGUCUCUCAGUUUGAUGUUAUACAUGUGGCUAAGUGAAGUUUGUUCCUCAAAUUAACAAUUUUCAAAAUACGGUAUGCUUGAGUGAAGUACUACAUACAGAGAACCAAAUGUAUCAAAAACUAUUUGUUAAACCCCCUGCUAUUGAAGAUUGGGGGUGGGUGGGGGGGGGGGGGGGGGGGUUAUAGUGGAAUCAUCUUGUCCGCCAGUAGACAUAGUUUGUCCAGGUAUAUCUUGAAUACCAAUGAACAGAUUUAAUUUAAACUCUCUAAUUAUUGAAAAAUAAAGCUGUGCACCUGCUCUUUAGACUGAGAUUUUUUAACAUUCAAGAAAGUUGUGGAUUUUUUUUUUCGGGGAUAGAGUGUGUGUGUGUGUGUGUUAUGUAGUCAUUGUCCAGAGAAUAUCUUUAAAACCAAUUAUUCUUCAAUUAGCAAAAAAUCACUUAUUUUCCGCCAUCCAAUGUUCCCUGCAGAUUCUUUUGUAAUGCAUCUCUAGAAUAUAUUUUGCACAAAAUUUGUAAUGUUUAACGAAUUAGGUUUGGUAAUUGUGAAAUCGAAUAUAUUUUCUAGUUAAUGUCUUACAUUUUUCAUUAUAGCUGGACAUGUAUUCAAUUAUUGCUGUUUUAUGUGUUUAUUUAUUAUGGAAAAUAAAGGUUAAUUUAAUAUUAA